CAGCUGAACUGAAAUGGCCAACAAAACUUUUGACAAAAGAGUUUAGUGGUUUUAUAUUCAUUUACUGCUGGUUUUAAUUUCAUUAAAAUCCAAAAUCAAAAUUAUGGCAAAAUUGUCAUCAUCUUCACCAACGCCACGGCCGACACUGUCCGAAAAUGAAUCCCGAUUAAUUGAAGCUGUUCAAUCAAAUUCAUUGGAUAAAGUGGUCAACAUUUUGAAUGUUGUGGAUGAUAGUGAAUCAGCACCAAUCAAUAUUAAUUGUCAAGAUGAAAAUGGCAUGAGUCCAUUACAGCAUGCGUGUUUCAAAGGCAAUUUGGAGAUUGCAAAAUACCUGAUUGAGCGUGGUGCCAAUGUCAAUCAAAAUGACCAUGAACAUCGUUAUACUUGUUUGAUGUUUGCUGCACUUGGUGGUCAUAGAACAAUAAUACAAUUAUUGUUGGAAAAUGGCGCAAAUAUUGAACAAAAAAAUAGUGUCGGUCGCAAUGCAUCACAGAUGGCUGCAUUUGUUGGUCAACAUCAAUCGGUAGCGGUUAUCAAUAAUUAUAUUUCCCGGGAAUUCAUUGAAUAUUACAGCCGUUUGAAUGGCCAGGAAAAAGAACCAAGACUGCCGAUACGAUUUAUACCGACAAUGCAUUCAUUGGUUUGUUUGGUUGCUGUCAACCCUGUACGUAUUGCCUAUUUUUUCGAAUCAAAUCUAUCGAUAUUUGAAGAAGUGAAAAAGAUCGAUAUUGUCAUGGAUCAUAUUUGUGAGAAAUUAUUCCGAUCGAAUGAGCCAAACGAAAUGUUAUCAUUGAAAAUUCAUUAUUUGAAUUUCAUAUUCAAUCUAUUGAAUAAUGCUCUCCAAAAAGCUAAAUCAUCAACAGAAACCGAAUUGGAUUCGACAGCCAUUCGUAAAGUAUUUCAUAAUAUUAUCAAAUUUUGGUUGAAACCAAACGCCAAAAAUUUCCCCGAAAAUAUGGAACGAUUAUUGCGACAGGCUAUUCGUUCGUAUACAUAUCAGGAGAAUGCAUUGUUUCAACAACUAGUCCGAACAUUGUCAACAAUCGAAAUCGGUGAAGAGCCAAGUGCAUUGUCCGUUCUAAGUCAAACAAUAUUGGGCAAAGCAAUCGGUAUCGAGGAAAAUGAUACAUGCUUCACAUGUUCAGAAUUUAAUCCAAACAAACGAUGCUCCCGAUGUAAAAAAGCUACAUACUGUGAUGAGCAGAUUAUCAAAUUAUUAAUUUGGUGUUUUUGUUGUUGGGCAACACUAUUCAACCUCGUCGAAUCAACCCGUAAAGGUGGUGAUAUAUUAAUAUUAAAAGGGGGCAAUGGUGGCUAUGGUGGUGGUGGCUGUGGACAUGUUUUUCUCAAAACUGGUCAUCGAAAAAAAGGCGAUAUAUUGAUUAUUGGCGGUGAUUGUAGACAUCAUGAUGAAACACAUUAUAUACCUAUUCCAUACAGUAUUGGCUACGGGGGUUACGGUGGUUAUGGUCAUGGUAUGGGACAUGCAGACCAUGAGGAUCAUGGCGGCGGAUAUCGACGUUGAACACCAUAAUGUUCGAAAUACGAUACUGUCGAUUUUUCAAAAACAACAUGCAUAUCCUCCUU